AAUGUCUUUGGCGGCGAGGUGCGAGUGCAAAUAAAGCGUGACUGUGUGCAACGUGGACGUGGACACUGCUUGAUGCCGUUGCAGAGCGAAUUGGCACCAUGCCGGACCCUACACCCCAGCAGAGCGCCGUCGCGGUGAGCCUGCAGGAUCUGAAUAACGACAAUGUGGAAUUCUCUUCCCUGGAGGAAGCUUUUGGUCCCUCGUCGCUUGGUAUAAUCGUCGUGAAGGACCUCCCCGAAAAAUUCCACUCCCUGAGACACCGCCUGCUCUCCUACUCCUCUGCACUCGCUAGUCUACCGAAAGAUCAACUGGAGAAGCUCGAAUCGCCAGCAGCGAAAUGGCUGGUCGGCUGGUCACUCGGAAAGGAGACCCUCAAGGACGGUCGUUACGAUACCCUGAAGGGCUCCUACUACGUGAACUGCUCUCCACUCUUUCCUGGCCAACAAGCCACCGUCGCGGAAAAGUACCCUUCUUUCUCCGAGUACACUGCACCAAAUGUGUGGCCAUCAAAGGACCUUCUCCCUGGCUUUGAAAACACCUUCAAUGAGCUUUGCUCUCUCAUCAUCGACAUCGCCGCCCUGGUAGCACGCGCCUGCGACAAGUAUGCCGAGGCAAACAUCCCAGAAUACAAAAAUGGCUACCUGGAGCACGUUGUCAAGACAAGCGUCAGUACCAAGGCGCGGCUGCUUCACUACUUUCCCAAGGAAGGAGAGGCUACACAAGACGGCGAUGAAGAUGACUGGUGUGCCACCCAUCUUGACCACGGCUGUCUUACCGGCCUAACGUCUGCCAUGUUCGUUGAUGAGGCUGCGCAUCCGCCUCAGACUGGCCCAUCCUUCGCCCCGCUCAACGAACUUGAGCGCUCGCCAGAUCCUAAAGCGGGCUUGUAUAUCCACUCGCGGACAGGAGCAGUCACAAAAGUUGCUAUUCCGCGCGACUGCCUGGCUUUCCAGACAGGAGAGGCCCUCGAGAUCAUCACGAAGGGGAAAUUUAAGGCAGUGCCGCAUUUUGUCCGGGGUGCAGGCGCCGGUGUAAGGGGGAAAGUGGCUAGGAACACGUUGGCUGUCUUCACGCAGCCGAAUCUGUGGGAGAUGGUGGAUGGCAAGAGGGAUUUUGCGGCUUUUGCAAAGGAGAUCGUCGAGAAGAACCAUUGAUACUGAAUCAUAGAGACCGGCGUCCAUUACGCAUGUGUGAAAAUGCAGAUUCUCAUGGAGGAAGCAGGCAGUGGGAAGACGUUGUUGUGAGCUUCUGGUUGUAUGGAUGGAUAUGAAGUUACUCUCAGCGU